AGGUUAUCGAAAGCUGCCCAGUUCUGGCGAUUGACAUUGCCAAAAACAGAACACAAAAUUAAGCUGCGAAAGAUAACGAUUUGGCGAGAAGAUAAGCCUGUAAAAUGAAAUUCCUGCAGGCUGUGCGCAAAAUGAGCCAAUCUUCCCCAGAAGUUCAUCUUUCAGCCCUGCGCCUCAAGUACCAUGACCGCAAGGAUGCCUUCCUGGAGGACAAUAUAAGCGUAAAAAAUCCUUUUUGCGUAUUCCGCGAUUGGCUGGACCUAGCCCUUAAGACGCCGGAGAUCCUGGAGCCUAAUGCCGCUGCCCUGGCCACCGUGAGUGCUGAUGGCAAACCAUCCAAUCGCUUUGUCCUGGUAAAGGAUGCCACCGCCGACGGCUUCACCUUCUUCACCAACUAUGGCAGUCGCAAGGCAGCGGAUAUUGCCGCCAAUCCCAAUGUGGCCAUAUCCUUUUACUGGCUGCCGCUGAGGCGGAGUGUGCGCAUCGAGGGCGUGGCUGAGAAGAUUUCCCGCGAGGAUUCCCUCAAGUACUUCCACCAGCGGCCAAGAGCCAGUCAAAUUGGUGCAGCUGCCAGUCCGCAAAGUCAACAGAUUCCGUCCCGGAGCUACUUGGAUGAAGUGGAGGCUGGGAUCAAGGAGAAGUUGGGCGCCAACGGGGAGGUGCCCCUGCCCAAUUGGGGCGGCUACCUGGUGCGUCCAGACCUCAUAGAGUUCUGGCAGGGACAGACCGAUCGUCUGCACGAUCGCAUUCGCUUCCGACGCGGUGCUGGAGUGGAGUCGGAAAUCGAUGGCAAGCAUGUCCAUAAGGGAGAAGAUGGCUGGAUAUACGAGCGAUUGGCUCCUUAGGCUGGGGAAUUAUUAAGCUUGUAACAGAUGUCUUCCAAAUGUUGUUUCGCAGGGCGAAAAGUUAAAGAUUGCUUUUAAUAUUUAAGAGAUUAUAAUAAAGGAGUUUGUUUGCGUUUACCAA